ACCAGCCUCUGCGUUUCUCCGCGCAGCCCGGCCUCGCCUCCCCUCGCCUAGCCGCCGCUCUAGUUAGGCCGCGCAGAGUAAGCGCGGGCGUCGCCGGCCGCACGUCGCCCGGGACUGGGGAGGAGGGCGCGGCAGGGGCRAGGUAGGGGACUCCGCGAGCCAGGCGGCCCUAGCAUCCCCCAAGCGCACACACCCCGGCGGUACGGGGCCGCGGCCAAGACGGAGCUCCCGGCUCGACCCCCCAGAGACCGGCAGCUACCGGGAGGCAASGCGGGGCUCCGCCGCUCGACUCCCAGCUCCGCGCACCCGGCGGCCGCGACGCGGGUUCGGGCGCCCGAGUAGCCUCCGAGCCCAUGGCCGGCAGCGACGUGGACAGCGAGGGGCCGACACAGAGGGGCGGCGCAGUGCGGCGUCCCGGGCCCCCCAGCGGGCUGGGAGGAGAGGCGGGCGCCCACUGCCCGGAGCCGCUGUCCACUGCUGAAGCGCCGGCCGAGGGCACCGCGCUGCCCGCCUGGAUGCGCCUCUACUUCUAUGGGAUGCAYGGGAUCACCCUGGACGUGCUGGUGUCCUCGGCAUGGCGCUUCGUUCGCAGCCCGGACCUCCGGAUGUUAGGCUUCUCCUCGCCCUACCGCUGUCUCCUGCACUCGCUCACCCACUUCGCCCUGGAGAAGAUCUACCUGCAGCAGCCGCGCUGCCCCAGCGCCUUCGUUUUCAAUUUCUUCCUUUACCCCUCGGCCCACGUGGGGCUGCAGACCCUGGCCAGCCAGGCACUGCUGCUCAGCCUGGGUGGCGGGCCGGGGGGCGCGGCGGCGCCGGGGGCACUUGACCUGGCGCUGCAGUACGUGCUGGCGCUCUACCACUGCCAAGUGUUCAUGAAGCGCUUCCUGCGCUUGAGAUACCGGCAGCAGCAGCAGCAGCAACAGCAGCGGAGGGGCGCCCUCCCUGCCCCUCCUGGAGCCCGAGCCCCUUCGGGAGCGAGUGGCCGGCGGCGUCGACCCCGCGGCCCCAAGGGCGCAGUAGGAGCCCCUAACCAGGGGCUACCAGACCUGCUCCGUUUUCUUUUCUUCGGAAUGCAUGGAUUUUUGGAUGAGAUCUUCUUUACCUUCUUCUUUAAUGUGCUAGGACAUGGGGACGGGGCAACCAAUGGUCACACGUCAUUGUGGUCCUUCUUUAUGUAUGGCAGCUGCAGUUUUGUGGUGGAAAAGCUCUACUUCCACCUCCACUACAGCCGCGGCUGGAGCACCUGGAAGCGGGUGCCCGUCUACGUGAUCUUCAUCUAUGCUUGGGAAUUUUCCUGGGGUCUGGGACUUCGCACAUGUGGGGCUUGUUCCUGGGACUAUUCUCACUACCCGCUCAAUUUUAUGGGUCUCAUCACCCUGAUGUAUUUACCUGGCUGGAUAUUCCUUAGUGUGUACCAGGACCUGCUUUCCAACGUGUUGUGGCGGGUGCAGUAUGUACCAACUAACUAAGACCCCGGGGGAAAUAAGAAAAAAAUAAAGAGAAGAGAAAAAGUCAUUGGAGUCCCACAAAUGGACGCAAAUUAUUUUUACACUUAAAAUGAAGUGGGUUUUUUUUUAAGUCCUUUAAUUUUUACAUACUUUACUAAACGUUUCCAAUAGAUUUUAUUCGACGUCUUAGCUUUUCUGACUACUUAGAACCUAUGUAAAAUACAAUACUUUGAAAAACUCAAAAAUAAAGUAAUUAACUCAUUGAUAUUUUAAACCUUUACAAGCCCAAACAGCAAAACCAUUAUACCUUAACAUCAGAAAGCUGUAAUACUCGGCUGGAUGUAGAUGGGUGAUAGCUGUUAAUUUUUCUUUUAUAAUAUGGAAGUUCAAACCAGAGAACAAUGAUUUUUACGGAAUUUUAAAAAUUUUUUCUGAUUUAAUAGUUUGUUUACUUGCUUUCUAAUCCAAUUUCAUUUUCACUCUUUACCAUAUUUACCAAUGAUGGUGGAAACUACAAGUCUGAUACUUCCGAAGUUGCAGUUGGUAGCUCUUUAAAGUGCCUCUGUCUUGCACACAUAAAAAGAAUUUGACAAAUGUGAAAAAAAAGAAUACUAUGAAUAUAUUUUGAAAUAAGAAAUCUUUUCUAGUAACUCAAACAGGUGACACUGUGUUAGGAUAUUUGAUCACAUCCUACAAAUGACUGUUUUCCAAUGUUUGUUAGCCUUAAUUACCAAGCGUAUCAAUGUUGAUUAGAUCCUGUAUUAUCUGUGGCUGUAUUUUUGUUACUGUGCAAUAAUGUAAAUUGUUUACCCUAUAUGUCCAAGGGCCAAGUAAAGUUAACACUACCCAAGCUUCAAGCAUAGAAACACAGUAUCUUGAAAUAAAAUGAACCUGAAUGUUCACUCUAAUAACAGUAGGCCUAAUUGUUUUCUAUGAUUAYAAAUAGAUGUUUUCAGCAUAUUUCUGUCCUGGUUCACUUGUAAACCUUUCUUUUUUCUUAUGGGCCCAGAGUUCUGGGUUAGGCCUGAUGUGGUAAUGUACUUUAUAAAUCAAUGAUAGCUCUUUGGUGAUUUGUUAAUGUCUGAAAAGUUCAAAGUUA